AUGGAUAACGCAGUGUUUGAAACUCUUUUGGGUGUCGCAAAUAGCGAUGGCUCUAUUCGUACUGCUGCCGAGAACAGACUCAAGGAGCUAGCUGUUCAACCUGAAUUUCCCAUCAGUCUCGCAAAGCUCACUGUUUCGCAGCAACAUGAAAUCCCUCAUCUUACUCUCAAAUCAUUUGUUACUACUCACUGGUCUCCCAAGAAUGACGACAAGUUUGUUGGUCCUGAAGCAUCUCCCGAGAGCAAAGCUGCUGUUCGUGAAAUCAUUGUAACAGGUCUCGCAGAUCCCGAAUCCAAGAUCAGAGUAGUCAGUGCCUACGUCGUCUCCAAGAUUGCCCAUGACGAUUUCCCUGAAGACUGGCCCAACUUGUUUGACAUCUUGUUGAGCUACUUGAAAGCCAACAACAGCGACAGUGUGCACGGUGCGAUGCAUGUGUUAUUGGAGAUGGUCAAGAAGGACAUCAGUAUCCAACAACUUCCUCAAGUCGGCCCUGUACUGAUCCCAGAAAUGUACCGUAUCUUGACCUCAGACAACGUUUAUUCCUUCAGCACCCGUGGCAGAGCUGUCAAUAUUUUGACCAGUUGCAUUGAAAUGAUCUCUACGUUGCGUGAAGAGAACCCUGGUUUGGCAGAUCAGUUUAUCGCUCCCAUUAUUCCUCAGUGGAUGGAUGCUUUCAUUGUGAUCCUCAACCACCAUGUGCAAGGCGACGCUGAAAAGGCAACGGAAGAGUACGGUCUUAAGAUGAAGGUUGUCAAGUGUAUUUGCACCAUCAGCGUCGAGUUUCCCAAAUACAUUGCAACCAACUUACCUCAGAUUUUCGAGCCUAUUUGGAUGGAUCUUUACAACUUGCGUGAACGCUACGUCCAGGAAUUUGUCAGCGAGGAUGGCGGCGAUAUUGGAGAGACAUAUCAGGAUUCUGAAGGAAACGAAAUUGGUUUCCAAAACUUGUUGUAUGUCUUGUUUGACUUUGUAGGCACUGCUUGUACCAAGAAGACUGUCAAGCACUUGUUUGUCAAUGAGAACCGUGCUGCUACUGGCUUCUUUGAGCAAUUGCUGUAUGUCUACAUCAUCUACAUGCAAAUCACACACGAACAAAUUGAAUCCUGGUCCAGCGAUGCUAAUCAGUUUGUUGCUGACGAAGAAGACGGAACCUUCACCUUCAAUGCCCGCGUUGCUUCUAUUGAUGUCCUCAUGAACUUGCAAGAUGCUUUCCCUGCGCCCUUCUUUAACGCCCUGUCUGCUGCCAUCCAACGCCAUAUCACUGAAUCCAACGAAGCACGUCAAGCCGGCAACUCGGAUUGGUGGAAGAUCCAAGAAGCUUGUUUGCUGUCUGUAGGUCGUCUCUCUGAAGAAUUGAUGGAGGCCCUGAACGAUGAUUCCAAGAGCGUUCAAUUCGAUCUCAAGAGCUUGUUUGACCAUGUUGUCUUGGAGGACAUGAAGGCUACUGACCUGCCCUUUUUGCAAGGCCGUGCUUUUGUCUUUGCUUCUGAAUUUGCAAAGAUCUUGCCUAGCGACAUGUCCAGUCAGUACGUCGCUGUUGCUGUUCAAGCACUCCAAGCACCUACCAGCGGCAUUCCUGUCAAAAUUUCUGCUUUAAGAGCUUUAGACAACUACUGCAAAUACUUGGCCCCAGAAUUCGUCACUCCUUACCAGGUCAACAUCAUGGAAGGUACCUGCCAACUCUUGCCCUCUGCCACAGAAGAGUCCCUGAUGCUUCUGCUGGAUACCUUGGCCUCUGCCAUCAAGAUCAACCAAGAAGUUACCGCCAAAUACGAGCAAAUCUUGACACCUGCCAUUUUGCAAAUCUGGCAAAAGUAUGCCAACGAUUCCAUCAUCACCAGCUAUAUCCUUGAUUUGUUUGACGAGUUUGCCAAGAACAAAUUUUAUUAUCCUAGCCUUUGUAGCAAGGCACUCCCCUUCAUCAGUCAAGUCUUCUCUACCCCUGGCACUGAUCCCAUUGUCUAUGCUUCUGCCGUUGAUUUGUUGACUGCCAUGAUCUCCUACGGUCCUUCUCCUUUACCCGAUGAAUUCACUGAGCAAAUGUUCCCCAGCUUGAUGCAAUUAGCAUGGAGUGUACCUGACAUUGAUUUGCUUCAAAGUGCUCAAGAAUGUCUCAAGACCUUUAUCAAUAAGGAUGUGGAUCAUAUCAUGAGAUGGCGCGAUCAAAGUGGCAAGUCUGGCUUAGAUUAUGCUAUCCACUUUAUUGCCAAGCUGCUUGAACCCACUGGUACUGAUUCUGAUGCUCUGUUUGUGGGUGAUUUGAUUGUUACUCUGAUCCAAAAAGUCGGUAGUGGCAUUGCCCCUGUCUUGCCUGAUCUACUUACUGCUGUGCUUGCUCGUUUGAUGAAUACCGAUUACCAACCUUUCAUCCAAUCUCUUGUCAUGGUGUUUGCUCAUUUGGUGAUCUCUCAACAAGAUACUGUAUUCCAGUUUUUGAGUGAGACGAAUAUCAGCGGUAAGAGUGGUUUGGAGAUCUUGAUGACUACAUGGUGUGAGAAUUAUGACAGUUUCUCGGGUUAUUAUACAAUGAAAGCUAGCGCUAUCGCCUUGUCAAAGGUCUUUCUCUCUAGCGAUCCUCGACUUCAAGGUAUUACAGUCAAGGGCGAGAUUGUUGUUAAUCCUAAUGCUGGCAUUGUCACUCGUUCCAGAGCAAAGAGAAAUCCUGACCAGUACACAGCCAUUCCUUUGCCCGCUAAAAUCAUCAAGCUCUUGGUAUCUGAUGCUACCAAUGCCUACAUGAGUGAGCAAGUGCCUGCUGAAGAUGCUGAAUCCGUUGAAGAUGAUGGUGGUGAUUGGGAAGAUGUGGAUGACGAGCCAUUUGCUUCUCGCAACGAUAUCAACCUUUUGUCUGAAAUGUUGGGCAACAUUGAAGACAAUGACGACGAAGAAGAUAAUCCAGAUUUGAAGAAUGACCCUAUUUAUCAAACCGAUAUGAAGGCCUAUUUAGCAGAUUUCUUCCGCAACUGUCAUACACACAAUGUCAACAACUUUAACGAGAUUUGUCAGACGCAAUUGAGCCAUGAAGAGAACUUGACAUUAGACUAUGUGCUUCGUCAACAACCACAACAAUAA